UUCAAAAAUGACGAUAGGUCAUUCAAAUUAGAUGAAGAUUGAAUAUGUCAUGCACCACUUGGUAUAUAAUCUGCUUAUAAUGUGCUAUGCUAUUACAGUACCUUUCGACAUAUUUCAAAUGCUAUGUAUAAACAGCUAGAAAUAAGAGUGUACAUGAACAUACUGCUUUUUUUCUAGUUUGGAACAUGAAUUGUGAUUUAGCUAAGAAACUUAAUUAUGAAACAAAUUUAGUUAACCUUAAUUAUAUUAAACGAUUAGACAUGUAUUAGUUAUAUAAAACACUUUAAAAUUGAGAAACUUAAUAUGCGCGUCUAUAUUUAGAUCUUGCAAGUAUAUUGUAGCUAGUGUUACGAGAUUUGGUUAAUUUAUAAAAUAAAUAUGAAAUAGCAUGUCAUAACACGUGAUAGUAUUAGUACAGUUGUGAACAAGCAAAUCAAACACGAAAAAAGUAAGAAAAUUUUGAAGAAAAACACACUAUUAACGUAAAUAUCCGUUUUGCUGAACAACAUGCAAACGCAAAAGGCAGUGUCUAAGGUAAAUCGAUAAGUUCAGCUAAAAAUGUUUGCCUAGCUAGACAGUUAGGAUUGACAAGGAUAAGAACAUCGAGAGAAAGAGUCUUUUUGGAACUUAUAAUAUAAAUCAAUAAGAGAUAUCAAAAAUGUAAUAAAAAUAAAGAAAAGAAAAGAUGCAAUGGUAAAAAGGCACGUUUUGCUGUGAUACCUCUUCAUGUGUCGUGCCAGGUCCCAUGAACAAAGACGAAAUAGAGUCUUAAUUCAUUUGUCCCAGUUACAAACGUACACAUAUAUAAGACAUAGUUCAGAGGUUGUCUCUCCCACCCUGUCUAAAGACAUCUGUAUACUUCAAUAUUUAGCGAGAGAAAUAGAUGGAGAGAAGCUUGAAGAAAAUGAAGAAUAAUAAUAUCAACUCAACAUCAAACAAUAUGAUGAAAGGCAAUGAAUUGUUUCAUGUGAUACAUAAAGUUCCUUGUGGAGAUACUCCCUACGUCAAAGCCAAACAUGCUCAGUUGAUAGAGAAGAACCCGGAGAUGGCAAUAGUUUGGUUUUGGAAAGCCAUUAACACAGGAGACCGAGUAGACAGUGCUCUCAAGGACAUGGCUGUUGUAAUGAAACAACUUGACCGUUCCGAAGAAGCCAUCGAAGCUAUCAAAUCAUUUCGUCCUCGUUGUUCCAAGAACUCUCAAGAUUCACUCGACAACGUCCUCAUCGACUUGUACAAGAAAUGCGGGAGGAUGGAGGAGCAAGUUGAAUUGUUGAAGAGGAAACUAAGACAGAUCUAUCAAGGAGAGGCUUUCAACGGUAAACCCACCAAGACCGCUAGAUCACACGGCAAGAAGUUUCAAGUGACCGUUCAACAAGAAAUCUCAAGAUUAUUGGGGAACUUGGGGUGGGCAUAUAUGCAACAGGCCAAGUACUUGUCGGCAGAAGCUGUAUACAGAAAAGCCCAAAUUGUGGAGCCAGACGCUAACAAAUCUUGCAACCUCGCCAUGUGCCUUAUCAAACAAGGCAGGUUUGAAGAGGGAAGAGCGGUUCUUGACGAUGUUCUCGAGUCUAGGGUUUCGGGUUCGGAUGAUUGUAAAACAAGGCAACGAGCUGUUGAGCUUCUGAGUGAGCUAGAGACUUCACUGCCACGUGGGCGAGAUGCUGAGAUGGAGGAUGUCUUGGGAAAUAUGUUGGACGAUGACUUUGUUCUUGGGUUUGAAGAGAGGACAGCCACUAGUUUUAAGUCUAAGAGACUGCCAAUUUUUGAACAGAUCUCGCCGUUUAUAGAUCAAUUAGUUUGCUAAGUAUGCAUAUAGCUUUCCCGUUCGCAUGUUUGAUGGAUUGGACAAUAAGCACUAUGUUCUCUUAUGUAACUAUGUAUAUACGACAAUAAUAAUAAUGUCUUGUGGGUGGGUCACUCG